UUUCUAGUGGAACAGAAAUAGCCGUGAAAAGACUAUGCAAGAAUUCUGGCCAGGGAAACGAAGAGUUCAAGACUGAAGUUGUGCUGAUUGCUAAACUUCAACACAGGAACCUUGUAAAAAUCUUGGGUUAUUGCGUUCAAGACGAAGAGAAGAUGCUAAUAUACGAAUACCUGCCUAACAAAAGCCUGGACUCUUUCAUUUUCAAUGAUACUAAAAGGGCAUUUUUGGAUUGGACAAGACGCUUGGAGAUUAUCUUUGGCAUUGCUAGAGGGGUCUUGUAUCUUCAUCAAGAUUCAAGAUUAAGAAUCAUCCAUCGAGACCUAAAGGCCAGCAAUGUUCUACUAGACUAUGAUAUGAACCCGAAAAUUGCAGAUUUUGGUAUGGCUAGAAUCUUUGGAGCAAACCAGAUUGAAGCAAAUACAAAUCGCGUGGUUGGAACGUAUGGCUACAUGGCACCAGAAUAUGCAAUGGAAGGACUAUUUUCGGUGAAGUCUGAUGUAUACAGUUUCGGUGUGUUGCUGCUAGAAAUCAUUACUGGGAGAAAGAACACCGGUUACUACUUUGAUAAUCCCGACUCAAAUUUGGUUGGACAUGUUUGGGACUUGUGGAAAGAAGACAGAGCCCUGGAAAUCGUCGACACAUCUUUGGGCGAAUCCUAUCCGACAAAUGAAGUCCUGCGGUGCAUUCAAAUCGCGCUCUUGUGCGUGCAAGAGUUCGCAAAUGACCGGCCGACCAUGUCAACAGUUGUGUCCGUGUUAGGCAACGAUGCAGUUCUUGCUGCACCAAGAAAACCUGCAUUUCUGUUGAAGAGAAGUAACUAUGCCAGUGGAGACCCCAGCACAAGUACUGGAGAUGCUAAUUCGAUAAACCACGUCACAUGCACUAUUGUUGAAGCUCGCUAAUUAAAAACUGAGACUCGCUCUAGAACAGUAAAAUAUAUCUUGUGUCUUAAUCAAAACUAACUUUCGUUCUAGAUUUCUAGAAUGUGGUUUAAUAUUUGAUUACAUUUUAAGUUAAUUUGUAUUUAAUUAGC